UUGAAUCGUGUCCGCAGCAGCAGCAGCAGCAGCAGCAGUUGAACAGCUGAGAGAGCAGCACUGACAGCAGAGAAAGUGUCCAGCUGUCUGUCAGCCAGGACCCGCUGCCCUCACACAACUUUCCAGGACCAUGUCGUUCAUUCUCAUGAAGAAGAAGAGAUUCAAAUUCAAAGUAGACUUCGACUUGGAGGAACUGUCAUCGAUUCCCUUCGUGAACGGAGUGUUGUUCUGUAAAGUGAGGCUCCUGGAUGGAGGAUUUGGCGAGGAGUCGACUCGGGAACCGGUCCAAGCCAACUGCGUUCACUGGAAGAAGAGAUUCUCUUUCAUGUGUAAGAUGAGUGCCAACGCUGGGACAGGUGUGCUGGACCCCUGUAUGUGCCGAGUGUCUGUGCGCAAGGAAUUAAAGGGUGGAAAGACUUUUGCAAAGCUGGGUUUUGCUGAUUUGAACCUGUCAGAGUUUGCUGGGUCUGGCAGCACUAUUCGACGGUGUCUCCUCGAAGGAUAUGACACAAAGAACACCAGACAGGACAACUCAAUUCUCAAGGUUGUCAUCACCACACAACUUAUGUCUGGGGACCCCUGCUUUAAAACUCCCCCGUCUACAGCCAUGACUCUGGGAAUUCCACAGUAUGAAGCAGAGUGUCUCCUUGAGGACAGGAAAGGAGGGGACAUCCACAUAACCCAUUCUCUCACACACCAUACAAGAAAGUCAGUAUCAGUCCCAGAGGAGCUGAUAAUGUAUGGUCACUCUAGAACACCCAGCUAUGCAAGUCAACUGUCAAAAAUUUCAGGUUACAGCUCGAGUCACUCCAGUUUAACCGAUCUGAGCCAUCGGCGGAGCGGGUCAGGAGGUUCUGCCUCUACAGGUAUCGGCAGCAUCCUUGAACCCAGUGAUCACAUAGAGAGAGGAGAGAAGGAGUUUAGGAGCACUCCUCCAAUCUCUGCAGUCUGCCAUCAUGCAUCCGAAAACCCCUCCACCCCCACCAAGGUUCUAAGACACCCAGUAAAGCAGAACUCAAUGGAGAAUCAGCUGAAGAGAGUUGAUGCCACCAGGGUGGAUGCUGAUGACAUAAUAGAGAAAAUCCUGCAGAGCCAGGAUUUCAGCCAUGGGUUCUUGGACUCCAGUGCAGAGGAGGAGGGGCUCAGCUUGUUUGUGGGUCCUGGUGGGAGUACAGCUUUGGGAAGUCAGCACACAAGGGUCGCAGCUGGAGCUUUUGAGCAGGUGGUGAUCAAGCGCUAGGCUUUGGGAAGCAUGUGUCUCUCACAAAGGGUGCCAUAUUACACUGAUGUAAGGGCUGCAAGUCUGAACAGUGGAUGUGCCGUUGGAACUUGCUCCCAUUUCACUCCAGGAGAUUUAAUUUCUCUUAUGCAAUCCCUCCCCAUCUGACCUACAGCUUCUGUUGGCCAGGACAGCCCUCUAGUGUUCAAGAAGUGGAGCUGAAGGCCAAGUUACUGAAACAUUGUGUCUCCUUAGACAACAUAUCUCUUGGUCUUCUUCAGCUGUGUGAAAAUAGUACAACAUGGGAUGCCUACUGUAAGUUUGCUCAGCCCUCUAGGUGGCAUUUGAGCUGCCAGGCUUGACCCAUGUUUUUCAAAAGUAGAUAAAAGUGUCCCACUUGUCUGUCCACUCACUGUGGUAUGAAUGUGACUUUGUUUCAUUGUCAGUGACAAAAAGUCCAAAUAUCUGUACUGUAAGGACCUUAUGUAUCAUGCGGUUUUGUAUUAUUUUACUUAUUGGCAUUCUAAUGGAGGGUUUUGGAGGAUGAAGGAUGCAGGAUUUUAUGCAAGGAGAGAAUCUCAGGCAUAAGUGGCUGGAGAGAGAACAGUGUCUGUCCCUGCUGUCCAUAUAUUUAAAGUGAUAGAAAACUGAUGGUGGAGACUUCAUAUACGGUGAUUAUUUUAUUGUUACAUGUAAGUAGCUCAAUCCCAUUACAAACAAACACCUCUGUUCACCUGGUUGUGAAGGAGGAGGACUGCAUCUAAAAUAUUUAAAAUAUCAUGAAGUUUGUACGAUUUGCUCCUUCAGUAUAUUGUGUGUGUGUGUGUGUGUGUGUGUGUGUGUGUGUGUGUGUGUGUGUGUGUGUGUGUGUGUGUGUGUGCGCGCGCGCGCGCGCGCGUGUGCACGCGCGCGUGUGCACGUGUGUGUUGCAAAUGACAAAGUAAUGACCUUAUUUUUACCACAGGUUUUGUAAACAUGCAAAGUUAAGUGUAUAAUAGCUGGAAAAUGUAUAUUUGCUGCCACUUAAGGAGUCAUGUCUAUAGUACAUACACUACGUUCCAUGUGUUGAUAUUUAUAUAUAUUCAUGGCCAAAUUUUUAAAUUAAAAAAAAUAAAAGAACAUCCACUUGGA